ACAAGUACACUGCGGAUAGUUUGUUUCUCGGGAUUUUUGUUGUGUUGUUUUCUCAACAGCCCAGUUAUGUUUGCUGCCAGCAGCCCAGGGUGCCACAGUCACCUGUACAAUUCCAUACGUUCAUAUCUCCACAAUCAGAACAGAGCACAGCCCAUCAUUGGUCUGAACUCCAUCACAGAGGUGUUGGCAUAUAAUCGGACAGCAUUGUACUUUUGUGAUGUCUGCAUCUUGAGAAUAACCAAGGCUGAUAUCAGGAACCACAUCAUGGGCAGCAUUCACAGAUACAACUACAUUAAAUCUCAUCAUGUACAUGGGUGGACCUCAGAUACAGACCUGACUCUUUUAGCUCGCCCUCUAAUGGAUAUCUCAAAAAAGGUUGAAAAAAAGGAAGGAACAGGUGAUAUACAGGUUCUGAGUGUGGACGAAGUCAUCUACAAGGAGAUGACGUCAUUGCCUGUCCCUGAUGCUUUUGCUCAGAUGAAGAAGAUUAAGGAUCAGCGAAACCCUAAUGCGCCUGAUUUGCUUGUUCAUAAAAGGCCCUCUGAAGUUAAAGAAACCAGUACUCAAGGACAGCAAGUUCCUGACCAUGUGAACGAGACUGCACAACAUCCAAAUUCAGGAUGUUUGGUCCCAACACGCUGUGUAUCUACGACACCGAGGUCAAAGUGUUUAAAUAUGAUUGAACCCCAACAAGUCUCAACCACUCCGAUGCCAAAUCCGUGUCUUUAUAAAACCGCAGGUCCUAUCAAACCGUUAUUCGCAUGCCAGAAUGUCUCUACACCUCCGAGUGUAGUGGAUUCUCAUAUUUCAUUUAGAAUGCCUUUUCUAGAAAGCUCCCCAGCUCCGGUCCUCAGCCAACCCAUAAAUCAGCAUCAACCAAUACCAGUCAGAAUCCUUCAAAGAUGUAUAAUGCCGUCUGAAAGCCAGUGUUUUUCUGAAGCAAGGACAAUCUCUGUAGUAAGACCACCAAGACAGUGUAUCCCCAUCAGAACUCUUUGUGAGAAUGACACUGUGCGUGCCGCAGAGGAUUAUGGGAGCAGUUCUGUCCAGUCAUUUGGAGUCGGCUAUGAAUCACAUCCUCUGCACCUGGCCCAAACUAUUCCGUAUGAGCUGCAAACAUCAUCUCUUUCAGUGAGCCACGUGGCACCAGAGUUAACUCAGGAUGUAACAAACAGGCAUGGAUUUUUCAUGAAUGAAAGCUCAUCUGAUCGUCCACAGCCUGUCAGAGAUGUGGAUAUCGUCAUCAAGCAGAUCAGAACCCAAAUGCUAAAAGAAACGCUACAAUCGGCUACAACACAUGAUUUAAUUCUGUUCCACAAUGAGUCUAAUUUAAAAGAACAAAUCAACAGCGGCUGGGAAGCACAUGAGGAGCCUCAAUCAGAUACCUUAGUAGAAGAAAACACCUUUGUGUUUUCACAAAGUCCAAUUGCCCAGUCUCCUCUUACUCAGACUCAAAGUCCUUCAGAUCAGUUUCAAUCAGUAGAAGAUUUUCUUGAAAACUACUGUGGUCCAAGACCUCUUAUCGGUCUACAAGCUGUUGUUAAGUGCCAGAGCGUGGAUGGGAAUCCACCUCCGUGCUGUUACCUGUGUCAGCUGUGCUCUUUGAAGCUGAAGAAGAAAAAAAUAUUUGGCCAUCUGACUGGCUGUGAUCACCAGCGAAACUACUUAAAAGCUCUCCAUCCGCAACUCUUGCCAAAAAAGCGUAAACGCUGCAACACAAAUGACAUGCUCAAGGAUAUUGCUAUCAAACUGGAGAAGGAGGAGGGAAGAGGACACAUAAAGGUGAUGAGGUUGUCUGCAUGUCUCAUGAGUGAGGUACUGGAAAAGGAUUAUCGUUGGUGCAUGAGGGUGUUGAACUGUGGAGCCAAUGCGGGGUGGAAAUCAAGUUUGUUGUCUUUCAAAGAAGGAACUAACAACACCAUAGGUCCCAGUCAGACUCUCAAACGUCCAUCAGGUUCUAUGCUGCCCCCUUCUGAUGCACGGCGUGGUGGAGCUCCAACCCAUCAGAUGUCCAAAAAAAUGAAGAAAGGUCAUCCUAAGAAAGUAUUAUGUACAAAAAGGGUUAAGGAGCCUGUGUUUAAGGUAAGCCUGUCACUGCAGGAGGGACCUGUUAUCAUUGAGAGAACAUCUCUAAGAGACACUGGCACAGUGGCGCCUGAGAUUGAAGACCAUAGCCCUGCAACCACAAGCAUAGACAAUGAUGCACCACCUUUAGCUACUAACACACAUUCUGAAGUUCAAAAGUGCUUUGACGGCUCUGAGGAAGAGUUCACGAAUUCUGCUCAUCAUGCAUACUCUGUUCAGUUUGAUCAGCCUCAAGUUGUUCAGUGUUUUGAGCCUUCUCUCAGACCUAGAGACUGUGGUCCAGUGGAUGAGGUGGUCACGUUCACUUAUGCUGAUUGCCCACUGCAGGACUGGUCCUGUAUUAACAACCAGUGGAUUCUAAUGAGGCAAAACCGAGAUGGAAAUGAUUAUUCAGAGUGUGCAAGUUACAUGCAGUACUGAUGAGCAUUAGUCUCGAAGCACCAACAAAAAAUAGGUUGAGCACCUUUUUGAGAAAUGAUUUAGCAACAGAAUUCCAUUACAGAAUUAUUCAUUAAUAUUUAGUAAGCUCAAAAUACUUAUAUUUCCUGCAUAUUUCUUUAGUAAUGCAGAAUAAUACACUGAUUUUUUUUUCUGUUCAGAAUUUAUUGGUUGAUUUUUUUUAUUUUAUUUUUUAUUUUAUUUUUUUUCACCAUCAGUGUUUUAAUCAUUUAACUUCACUGAAAAAGACAUUAUUGGAUUUGGAUUUAAAUAAAAAUGUUUAUAGACAUUCAUUAGCUAAACUGUUGUUUAAAUUAUACAAAUGUAUUAUGACCUUGGUUCAAAUGUAUGUUCGAAUGAGUUAAAAAGAGUCCAAAAAGAUUGCCUAUCUGGUUUGAAACUACAAGAGUCAUAUUAUGUCAAUAUUUAAGAAUUGUCAAUUCUAUCAGCAAUUAAUAUUCUUAAAAAUGUGAUCUAUUUGUAGUAGUUCAUUUACAUUCAGCAGUGUUGAGUCUUCAGUUCUGUUUAAUCCAACAAUGCUUUUGCCCUUAACAAGCAAACAUGCAUUACCUUUUAUGUUGUUUUGCUUAUGUUGUUUCUUUUGCUUCAUGUAUAAGUUUGUAUUGUUAGUAUUGUAACAGUACACUCACGUUUAUUCAAUAAAAAAUUCACAAACCUA